AUUGAUCUUAUAAUAAAGUCAUGAAGGGCCAGACCCCCGCGCAUGCUCGACCGACGUGGCUGAUCUGCACCUACAGGAAUCAGCGGGGUACUUUAGUAGCUCGUAGAGUUUGUAGUCAGCGUGAAUUAGCACUAUUAGAACCAUCUAAGUUGGAUGGAGCCCGGAUGUCAACAUCAACUCGUGAGGUCUUGAUAGAUUUUGAGGUUCUCUAAUUGCGUACGACGCGAGAUUCUCGAAAGCAGUGGAAGUGUACGGGUGAGGUCUUGAUAGAUUUUGAGGUUGUCUAAUUGCGUACGACGCGAGAUUCUCGAAAACAGUGGAAGUGUACGGGUGAAUAUAUCGAUGGAUAUUGCGAUGAGGUUGUAACCGUAACUUAGAGGUUUGAGAAGUUUGAUGUCGCAGAAUAUUGUAAAUACAUGCAAUUUCGCCUUGCGGGUGUCUCCUAUUGAAGCUGUGACGACACUCCCUGCUAAUUUAGAUGCGAAUUUGACGCAGGCAUAAAGCUGCAACGUUUUCGGCACAGAAACAUGCUUUUUGUUGAGCUAAUUAGCGAAGAUUUUGCGAGCUAGUUUUGAAAGGCAGCAGCUGCAGUGAGCCACAGUAUCAGGAUGAGGCAGAAAGGAGCCGUCAUAUAUCGCCAUUUACCGAAUGUACAUUUAGUGAGACGUCUAGAGAGCGACUACGUGUUGCAGCUUCCUAAGCUGUGAGCGACAUUCUAGAGCGCACUUUUCGCCAAUAAUUUAAAAACCUGACCACUGUCACUAGAAUCAACAAGGUGAUGACCGUCAGCGAUCGAUUGAGUGAACGGGGGGAGUAUAGCGUUGGGAUUCCCGCAUCAUCGUUGCUGCCAAUUAUGCCAUUGCCAGGCCUCUUCGCGUGAGUGUAGGAGCCAUAAGAUAGCUGAGGUUAAAAAUAGAAAGUUAAGCUGUGCGUACGAAGCCUCUAUAAUCGAAUACAAAAUUCUGCAGCUACAACUAUAAACACUUUGUUGGUACUAUGAUUCAUCGGCAAAAUCCGAGUCUUGCUGCCAAUGAUUUUCUUCUAGUUGCCUUUAAUUGGCAUAAGUCAACAGUUCCUAGAC